CCCACCCUGACCAACCCUCCCAUUCUCUGACUGUCUCUGACCAUUUCUAACCACCUCCCUUCCCUCUGACAGUCUUUGUUCAUUUUUGCUCCCUCUGUCCCCCCAUGACACAUCUCUCUGAGUCUUUGACCAUCUCCUCUGGAUUUUGAUAUGUCUGACCACUCCUCUCUGACCAUCUUUAACCAACUCUUCUGCUCCCAGCCCACUGUGACUUUCUUUUCUGGUCUUGGACCACCCCAGCCCCCUCUGGCACCCUUUUUCUGACCUCAGCCUGCCCUAAUGCCUCCUUCUUCCCUGUAGGCCGCCCCUGCCCGCGAUGGCCGUCUUCCCGCUGCUCCUUUGCCUGCUACCGCUGGCCCCUGCCUCGUCUCCACCCCAGCCAGCCACACCCAGCCCGUGUCCCCGCCGCUGCCGCUGCCAGACACAGUCACUGCCCCUGAGUGUGCUGUGCCCCGGGGCAGGUCUUCUGUUCGUGCCACCCUCGCUGGACCGCCGGGCAGCUGAGCUGCGCCUGGCAGACAACUUUAUUGCGGCUGUGCGCCGCCGCGACCUGGCCAACAUGACGGGCCUGCUGCAUCUGAGCUUGUCACGUAAUACCAUCCGGCAUGUGGCAGCUGGUGCCUUUGCUGACCUUCGCGCCUUGCGCGCCCUGCACCUAGAUGGCAACCGGCUGACCUCGCUGGGCGAGGGUCAGCUGCGUGGCCUAGUCAAUUUACGCCAUCUCAUCCUGAGCAACAACCAGCUGGCCGCCCUGGCGGCUGGUGCCCUGGACGACUGUGCGGAGACACUUGAGGACCUCGACCUCUCUUACAACAACCUGGAACAGCUGCCGUGGGAGGCUUUGGGCCGCCUGGGCAACGUCAAUACAUUGGGCCUGGACCACAACCUGCUGGCUUCUGUGCCUGCCGGCGCCUUUUCCCGCCUGCACAAGUUGGCACGGCUGGACAUGACCUCCAACCGCCUGACCACCAUCCCGCCUGACCCGCUCUUUUCCCGCCUACCACUGCUAGCGAGGCCCCGCGGCUCACCCGCCUCUGCCCUGGUGCUGGCCUUUGGUGGGAACCCUCUGCACUGCAACUGCGAGCUGGUAUGGCUGCGGCGGCUGGCACGGGAGGAUGACCUCGAAGCCUGUGCCUCCCCGCCUGCUCUGGGUGGCCGCUACUUCUGGGCUGUGGGUGAGGAAGAGUUUGUGUGCGAGCCCCCUGUGGUGACUCACCGCUCGCCACCCCUGGCAGUGCCUGCAGGUCGGCCAGCUGCCUUGCGCUGCCGGGCAGUGGGGGACCCUGAGCCCCGUGUGCGUUGGGUAUCACCCCAGGGCCGCCUGUUGAGCAAUUCAAGUCGUGCUCGCGCCUUCCCUAAUGGGACGCUGGAGCUGCUGGUCACCGAGCCGGGUGAUGGCGGCAUCUUCACCUGCAUUGCAGCCAAUGCAGCUGGCGAGGCCACGGCUGCUGUUGAGCUAACCGUGGGUCCCCCACCACCUCCCCAGCUAGCCAACAGCACCAGCUGUGAUCCCCCACGGGACGGAGAUCCUGAUGCUCUCACCCCGCCCUCUGCCGCCUCUGCCUCUGCCUCUGCCUCUGCCAAGGCAGCUGAUACUGGGCUCCCUACUGACCGUGGUGUCCAAGUAACUGAGCAUGGGGCCACAGCUGCUCUCAUCCAGUGGCCAGAUCAGCGGCCUAUCCCAGGCAUUCGCAUGUACCAGAUCCAGUACAACAGCUCAGCCGAUGACAUCCUCGUCUACAGGAUGAUCCCCGCUGACAGCCGCUCCUUCCUGUUGACGGACCUGGUGUCAGGACGCACUUACGAUCUGUGUGUGUUAGCGGUGUAUGAAGAUGGCGCCACAGGGCUGACAGCCACGCGGCCAGUGGGCUGUGCCCGUUUCUCCACCGAGCCAGCGCUGCGGCCCUGUGGGGCCCCGCAUGCACCCUUCCUGGGCGGCACCAUGAUCAUCGCGCUGGGUGGUGUCAUUGUGGCCUCGGUACUGGUUUUCAUCUUCGUUCUGCUCAUGCGCUACAAGGUGCACGGCGGCCAGCCCCCAGGCAAGGCCAAGGCAUCCGCGCCCGUCAGCAGUGUUUGCUCCCAGACCAACGGCGCCACGCCGGCGCUGCCUGCACCUGAGCCCGCCGCGCCCAGGGCCCACACCGUGGUCCAGCUGGACUGUGAGCCGUGGGGGCCUAGUCACGAACCCACGGGACCCUAGCCUUGCGCCCAUCUCUAUGGCCCUUCUGGCCCAACGGGUAGCAGGACCCAGGCACGCUGUGGGACCUGGCCUCAGACUCACCAAAUUGUUCACGGUUUUUAAAACUUAUGGGGAGGGUGUGAGGGGCACUGGGGCACAACAAGAAAGUCCUAUUUUUCUAAGCUUGGGCCUGGGCCCUUGCCCUUGUCUCUUGUCUGUGGGGGUUGGGAUCAUGCAAGGGUCUGGAGCUGGGGGUACCUCCUCUGGUGAGAGACCCGCCUAGUUCUAUCUGAGGUCCCUGGACGAGGCUGAGGAUGGGCAUCCAAGUAGUCAACAGACAUUCCUCGAGCGUUGUCUCUGGGCAUACCCUGUACUGGAUGAUACUGUGACCAGACAGCCCCAAGCCCUGACCUCAGAUGGUGAUAGCUUAGAGUGAUCAGAGAUGUGGUGAUGAGGGAAGCCUGGGAGAUUGUGGGAGUCCAGAAAAGGAGUCUGACUCAGCCCAGGGUGUGGUCAGGGAGGGCUUCUUGGAGGAGACAUGUGACCUGAGAAUGACAUCUGAAGGAGAUAAUUGGGCAAAGAGCAGAGGGAAAGGUGUUCCAGGUAGAGGGCACAGCACAAGCAAGUACUUAGUAAGUGCCAGGCACUGGGGGUCCUGUGGUAGGGGUGAGUAGAAUCCAGGAUCUCCAGGAGCUCAGACCCUGGACUGAUAGUAUUGGGAGCCAUGGAGGAUUCUAUGCAGGGGAGGACAGGGUCAGGUUUGGGCUUUAGGAAGAUCCUUCAAGCUAUCACGAGAAGGGUGAACCAGAGGGGAAGACUGAAGCAGGGAGCUUGGGGGAAAUCAGAGUAGGGAUCCGGGUGGGUAAGGACAAGGCUGGACCAGGGCAGGGCUGGGGAAAGCAGUUGGGGUUGGGUGAGAGAGACAUUACAGGAAGCUGAGUGGAUGGGUUAUGGAGCUGAAAGGCCAUGGGAAAAGGAAGUUUCCAGGACAAGGCCCAGGGCUCUGGCUAGGGGGAACACAGUGGAGCUGCUCUAAUGCAGAACCAGGGAGAAGGGGCAGAUUUAGGGAAGAUGCUGAGGCCAGUGUGGGACUUGGUGGAUGUGGGGGGCCCAGAGGACAUCCAGGAGGUGGCAACCAGGGGGUGUCAGGAUCCCUGGUCUGAGGCAGAGGCUGGGGACAGAAAUGAGGGCUCUGUCAGCAGUGAUGGAAGACUGAGGCCACCAGGGUGGUGAGAUGGCCUCUGGGACAUGUUUAGAGGACAAGGAAAAGCCUAAACUAAAAAACAAAGACUAAAUAGGAGCAGAAGGUAGAGGGACAGAGUGAAGCAAACCAGGCAACUCGGAACCAAGUGAUUAUUGUAUUUAAUGAUAUCAAGACUACAGUGAGAAGAGUUAGGAGUUCGGUAGGACAAGUGCCAGACUCAAUUGAUUUGAGAGUAGGAGGGAAGAAAGUGUAGAUCGGGAGUGCAGACCUGUGAUUCUAUGGGUGUAGAGCCUGGUUCCGGUUGAUCUGGGCCUUUCUGCCCCACGUCUAUCCAGGGCUGGUCCUCACUCUGUCUUGGACUGCCCUAGGCCACCCUCAGACACCACGAGGUUUGGAAGACCAAACCCUGGGCCUUGGAAAUGUCGGCCUCACUGGAGAUCCAGGAAUGGGGCCAGCAGUCAGAGGCAUGGUGCUCGACCUCAGGCUACCUCUAGUGGUGGGCCCAGAGGCAGAUAUGCGAAGGGAACUUGGGUCCUGCCGUUUUUCUCUAGAG